UAGCCUCCAAACAACUGGUCUCCUAAAAAUGGCCCCGCUCUGCGUCGCUGCUGCGAUGUGGAGUAUCCAGCCCCCCUCCGGUCACCUCCGGCCUCCACACUCCCUGUUCCCUUUGUCUCUGCUGGAGUGAAGGAGCCAGGCUGCCAGGGAGGGGGACCAGAAUCACUGGAUGGUUGCUACUCUUUUCCCCUUAGAUUUAGGUUUCGGAGGACCCCUUUGAAGGAGCACGUUUUUUCCUCUGUGAUAUUUUGCAGCACCCUUGCUGGAACGAUUUCCAGACCUUUCUGAUUGGCUGCUUUGAUUUCUUUGCUCGUCUAUUGUGCUGCCGGGGGGUAAAGGGUUGAUCAUGCACCACCUGUGGCUGAUGCUGCUUCCCUUCCUGGGCCUGGUGAGCGUUGCGCCGGCCGAGAAGGGUCUGGAGUUCCCCCGCUACGACGGGAAGGACCGCGUCCUGGACAUCAACGACAGGAACUACCGCAAGGCCAUGAACAAGUACAGCAUGCUGUGUCUGCUCUACCACGAGCCCAUCCCCGACAGCAAGGAGCUGCAAAAGAAGCACCAGAUGACCGAGAUGGUUCUGGAGCUUGUGGCCCAGGUGCUGGAGGAGAAGGACAUUGGAUUUGGAAUGGUGGAUGCCAAGAAAGAUGCCAAGGUGGCAAAGAAACUGGGUCUGGAUGAGGUGGACAGCGUAUAUGUGUUCAAGGAGGACCGCGUCAUCGAGUUCGACGGUCUGCUGUCGGCCAACACCAUGACAGAGUUCCUGCUGGAUCUGCUGGAGGAUCCGGUGGAGGUGCUGGACAACGCUCUGGAGCUCAAGGCCUUCAACAGGAUGGAUGAAGAAAUCAGGCUCGUCGGCUUCUUCAAGAACCAGGAGUCAGAACAUUUCGAGGCGGGCCCCGCGUGGCUGGGGAGGGCCCUGACGGAGUGA